AUGGAGACAUCUGGAAACCGUAGCACCCCAUAUGCUAGAGUGACUUCUAAGUAUCAUACACGUCUGCAGGAUCCAAAGUCGCAAGGGGGCAAAAGACGGUUGUCUCAGGCACGCAACAGAGCUACCUUGGCAGGACUUUUCAACAACCUACGAGAAACAGUAUUUCCUCAGCAAGAUAACUCCACAUCAAGGUGUCAGGUUUUAUGCAAAGCUAAGAAUUAUAUCCAGGAGCUGGAGAAAACCUUGGAAACCUUGCUGAAUAUGAAAGAGGUUUUAAAUCUGGAGGAUGACCAUCCAUCGAGCUUGGAGGAAGUAAAGGAAGAAUAUGUCAAAAUGUACUUCAGCAAUCACAGUGCUGCUAUAUCCCCUCCUUCAAAUUCUGUGAGUCAGAGUGGCGGUACUGUCUGGUACAUGAUUCAGGAACACGAAAAGACCUCGGUAGGGGAGGAUGUGACUCUGAGGCUGACGCAGUCGCCAGCUGCCUCUUCUCCUGACCUCAUGGAGUUUGAGCGGUACUUACAUUUUUACAAACAGACAGUAGACCUGCUGGUAGACAAUGGGGUUGUGAGCUCCGAAGACGUUACUCUUCCUGUGGUGUCCACAGCCGUUUCCCACCUGUGGCAGGGCCUCCCCGAGGAGAGGAGGGACAGUGUCCUGCAGUACUGUAGUCAGAGGCAGAAUUUCAUCACUGAGGUCAAGAUGGCUUCCCAAGAGCCUCCCUGUACUGAGGGCAGUGUGAGGGACAGCGGAGCUAGUCAGGAAGCCAGCAGUUCGCUAGUAUCCACACCAGAAGAGAUCCUCUUUGAAGAUGCAUUCGAUGUGGCAACUAGCUUCCUGGAUAGAAAUGAAACCCAAGAAAUGUCCAGCCAAAGCUCAGCAUUCACAGGCUGUACUUCAGAAAGCCAAGAGGAUUACCAUCACCUCUACCUACAGAUCAUCACCUUCUUGAAGAGCCUGUUUUUUGCUAACACACAACCAUCCCAGGAAGAGGUUCUCCCGCUGGAUUAUGAGACUGUGAUGCUGAGAUGCACAGAGACAUUUGAUGACGAAGAUUUGUAAAUUAAGAUGGUUCUAUUAAGCAUGUCCUAAUUGUUACUUAAUGACACCCCUCAGCCUAUGCCACCAUGAGAAGAGAUGCUGCUUCAAUUUCUUGGUGUUCAUCAUGCUUAAACGAGUUCUGUUUGUUUAUACUACAUAAUUCUUUUUACAUGUAUUGCAGUUUGAUAU